CAAUAAGGGACUUUCCUUUAUAGGUUAGCAAUUCUUUUAGAAGAGCAUUUUGAUCUUAGCUCUCUGUUUCAGGUACCGUGUAAAUUCCAAAAAAUUAUAAAAAAAAAGAAUAAUAUGAAAUGAUUAAAAGAAAAAACGCAUGGUGUGCAGUACCAAGGUGCACAAAAAAUUUUAAUUUAGAAGAACGUUAUUUUUUCCGAUUUCCAAAAGAACAUGAAAGAUGGUUGCAAUGGGUACAAGCAUGUGGAAGGCUGGACUUAGAAUCAAAAGGUCCAGAAUAUGCGUACCAGAAUUGUCGGUUGUGCCAUUUGCAUUUCAACGAAAAAUGGUACAAAAUAAAUAAAAUGAGAGCUCGUCUUCAUCCAGAUGCCAUACCGACAAGGUUUUUUGCAUAUAGGAAAGAAAACAUGAUUGACAUUGAAGACAAAGCAGAAAUACAUAA